GCCGCAUCGGCCACCGCGACCGCAUUCGCGAGCCCCUCGUCGUCUGGACCUGGAGCAACGCCGCGUCCAGCGUGCUCGUGGAGUCAGUGACUCGGUCGUUGCCGGAGCGGACGCCGUCUCCGUCGAGGGGCGCAUCAACCACGUGUGUGUGCACGUAUCGAGCGUCGGCGCCGCGACGCCGAAACUGGCGCCACUCCACCACGUCCCGACAUCCUUGGAAUAUAGGUUAGGAUCGCUAAGGUUGUGUGACGAUUGCUCUGUUGUGAUCUGAUAUGUGAUACGACGGCCUUGCUUUCGAAGAAGGAUUAGCUGGAUUUGAUAUGAGGAAUUGUUCUGGUAUGGUGCUUGUUUUGAUUGCGAUUUAGGUGCAUGAAUAAUGAACAAAGAAAUGCUGUGCAGUUAUCUGAUACGCAAAAUGAAGUGCGGGAUGAACUUCUACUAAUAAUGCGUUGCUUCAGCAAUUAUUGAAAGCACACCCAUGAUGAACCGGUGAAUAAUGGUCAAGAAGUGAAAAAGAUGCUGCGCUCAACCUCAUACACAUCCGGUUUCGCAGGAGGCGGUGCUGACGAUCGCGACCCGUUGACGAGCCAACCGCGCGCGGGUGGUGGGAGGUCUUGUGCCGCCCCCGAAACGAACGGGGGCGGUAUGGAUCUCGGCUACGUCACGGAGCGGAUCAUCGCCAUGUGGUUCCCAGCCGUCAUGUCCAGAAACCAGUAUCGACACGCGCAGAGGCAGGCGGCGAUCAUGCUGGGGAACAAACAUGGAGAUAAUUACAUGGUGUUCAAUCUUUCGGAACCGAAAAGGGUGCUACGCAACGAACAUAAGCACGUUAAAGAAGUCGGAUGGGCAAUUGAACUGGCGCCACCCCUGGAGAGGUUGUGCAGUGUCUGCAAGGACAUCGAUUCCUGGCUAGCUGGAGACCAACAUCGCAUCGCUGUGUUGCAUGUCAGGGGCAAUAAAGAUAAACUAGGUGUGAUAGUAGCGGCUUACAUGCACUACUCCAGCAUAUGCGGGAAUGCAGAACAGGCCUUAGAUAGGUUUUCUAUGAGGAAAUUCUUGGACGAUAAUGUGGGUCCCUUAAGGCUUCCAUCUAAUAAAAGAUAUGUAGACUAUUUUGCUGGCCUCUUAUCGCACAACAUAAAGAUCAACGCCGCGCCUAUGUACCUUACCCACGUAACCGUUUUGGGAGCACCAACUUUUCAAAAUGGUGGUUGUCGGGCUUUCCUCAAGAUAUACGAAGGUCACACUCCAGUAUAUACUUCCGGAGUGUACUCAGUGUCCGAUGGUAUCCAACAAUUUACCGUCAACGUAACUACUGAAGGUAGAAAAGGUCUACCCUUAAGAGGUGAUAUCUUGGUGAAGUGCUAUCAUCGGAGGGAGGAAAGCAGAGAACCUAUCUUCGCCUGUCAGUUCCAUACCUGCGCAGUCGCUGAUCAUACACUUAGUUUCACCAGGCAGGAGUUGGAUAUUGCUUGCAACGGUAAGUUCAUCAGCCCAUGA